AUGCGCGUGAUCGGCCGUCUGCGGGUGUUCGGCCUGGGCAUGAUGGGACUAUUGUCGGCGAACGGUGAAGGUGUAUCGAGUCGCCGGAUUCGUAGAGCCGAGGAACCCCUGCCAAGUAUCGAGUUGGAGGGUCUGCCACAGUGCUACUCUACCCCGGCAGCCAACCCUUCCAACGGUUCAUGGCCCCGUUGCGAAAACGGGGUGAACGAGUCUCCGACCAACCCGGACGACAUGAUGAACCCCAACCCCAAGACAAUCUGCUAUCAGAAGUGGGCGGAGCUCCACGGCAGCGAGGAGCCUAUGCCGUACUACACUUGGGACGCGGUGGAGUGCUCACUUGACAACGUGGACGAGGAAAAGUUUUGCCACGCUCUGCAGGGGAGGAAAGGCAUCCUGCUCGUGGGCGACAGCAUCACGACCCUCAUGGUGAGAACGCUGGUUUCGGUUUUGCGUGCGACGUCAGAACCGGUCCACUCCAAGUACCACCUCAAUCACGCCCACAAGUGGGGGGCAUGCAAUGGGGAGGUCAAGAUUGCAUUUUAUCGAAACGACUUCCUUGACACUACUACGAGGCGGAGUGCGUUUUGGGACGGGUUCUGUGACUCAAGAAACCCUAAACGGAACUCGCAGUGCGAAGUGUUUGCGGACGACUACACCCUCGAGGAGUACGACACGCUGAUUAUCAACAGCGGGGCACACCCUAGAUCCUUGGACGAGUACAGAGACUCGAUGGGGACCGCAAGCAAAGAGUUAACGGCGUCCAUGAAACGUCUCCACGGAGAUGAUGCACUUCUCAUCGUGAGAAACACCCCGCCAGGGCACGGAGGCUGCUCCGAAAGGACGUUUGACGGGCCCGUUGAUGUUGAUACCGCCCUCGAUUUGGUCGCGAGCGGACCUCACCAGUACCAGUGGGGCCGGUUCCCGGAAUACAAUGCCAUGCUCGAAGAGGCCUUUCUGAUCAACGCUACGGAUGGAUGGAAGGAACUAGACGCCUACACACCGACCUUGCUUCGUCCCGACUUCCAUUUGGGGGGAGACGAUAACCCGGACUGCCUACACUACUGUAUUCCAGGGCCAAUAUAUCACUGGGUUCGAUUACUGUACAACAUGUUGUUGGCCAAAGGGUAUCAAUAG